AUGUCACUUCAAUCAGCUCAUGUGCUAUGGCCACUCAUGUCAUUCCUUUAUGUUACUUCUCUCAGCUCUAUGAACAGAGCCACUAAGUUCAGCACUUCCAGCCAGAGGCAGCGCGUCGAGAUCAGUUCAUCUGGGAGGCGGCGUGCUGACAUGCAAACUUCUACAGAGAGAUAUAAGAUGAUCUGCCACAGGCGAAGGACAUGUCCAAGAAAU